UUUCUUCCUCUGCCACAGAUCCUCACAUCACUUUCUCUCUCCUCCCUGUCUUGAUACCACAAAAUAUUUCUCUCCAAACCUCCAUUUUUUUCCAUCCUCCAAUGGUUUCAUGAAACUCUUUCCUCCCAAAUAAAAAAAUAAACUAAAAAUAGAAAAGAGUUAAAAGAAACAGUUGCAACUUGUAACUAACUAAAUCAGAGACAGGAUGGCCCUGUCUCUUCUCCCCCUCCUCGGCCUCCUGUCCACCAUCCUCCUCCGCUCCGCCGCCACCGUAGCCGCCGUCCCUUCGUUCCGGGAGGCCCCCGCCUUCCGCAACGGCGCCGCAUGCAGCUCCCACGUCGUGCACGUCGUGAUGCCCCUCGACACGAACUACAUUCGCGGCACCAUGGCCGCGGUGCUGUCGGUCCUCCAGCACUCGACGUGCCCGGAGAACGUGUCAUUCCACUUCCUCUCCGUCCACCUCGACGUCGAAAUCUCCUCCCUCAUCAACUCCACUUUCCCUUUCCUUACAUUCGAGAUGUACCGCUUCGACCCCGGUAAGGUGAGUGGAAAGAUAUCGAAAUCCGUUCGCCACGCGCUCGACCAGCCCCUGAACUACGCCAGGAUCUACAUGGCAGACAUCCUGCCUGCUAGCGUCAAGCAAGUGAUAUACCUGGACUCUGACAUCAUCGUCGUGGACGACAUCUCGAAGCUGUGGGGGGUGGAUUUGGAGGGGAAGGUGCUGGCGGCGCCGGAGUACUGCCACGCCAACUUCACGAGCUACUUCACGGAGGCGUUCUGGUCGGAUGGGACGCUGGCUGGGGUGUUCGAAGGGAGGAGGGCGUGUUACUUCAACACGGGGGUGAUGGUGGUGGACGUGGAGCAGUGGCGGAGGGGAGGGUACAGGAGGAAGGUGGAGGAAUGGAUGGAGGUGCAGAAGCACAAGAGGAUAUACCACUUGGGCUCUCUGCCACCGAUCCUGCUCGUGUUUGCGGGGAAUAUAAAGGGAGUGGAGCAUAGGUGGAACCAACAUGGGUUAGGGGGUGACAACUUGGAAGGCAGGUGCAGGCGGCUUCACCCUGGCCCAAUCAGCUUGCUGCAUUGGAGCGGCAAGGGGAAGCCGUGGCUGAGGUUGGACUCGCAGAGACCCUGCUCGGUCGACUACUUGUGGGCCCCAUACGACCUCUACAGGUCGUCUCGGGUUGCCUUGGAGGAAUGAUGUGAUCAUGUGAAACCUAUAUGCACGCAUCUCUGUUUCAAAGCAAGUGUUAGUGUAUAUGUAUAGAGGUUGGAUGGAAUGCAUUAACGCAGCCUCAUACUAUUAUUUAUGUAGUAUAUAUAAUCAUGCAAUUGAGA